AAGCCCGAGCAGGAUUUCAGCAAACUGAGAAGGCGGCCUCCGUGUCGUCAGCAACAGUAUCCUGCCCUUUUUUCUGACAGCAAAGUACGCUUUAUGGACACAUAAUUUUCCCCGGAUCGGUCUUUGGAGCAGGCCCGGAACGUUUUACGGUGUAAAUAUGGGUUGUUUGGGCAACAGUAAGACCGAAGACCAGAGAAAUGAGGAGAAGGCACAAAGAGAAGCAAACAAAAAGAUAGAGAAGCAGCUCCAGAAAGACAAACAGAUAUACAGAGCUACACACAGACUACUACUUUUAGGAGCUGGUGAGUCGGGAAAAAGCACGAUAGUCAAACAGAUGAGGAUCCUACAUGUCAACGGCUUCAAUGCAGAAGAAAAGAAGCAGAAAAUUCAAGACAUCAAGAAUAACAUUAAAGAGGCUAUUGAGACUAUUGUAACAGCCAUGAGCACCCUGACACCACCAGUGCAGUUGGCGAGUCCACAGAACCAGUACCGGAUCGACUACAUCCUCAACUUUGUCAACCAGAAGGACUUUGAGUUUCCAUCUGAGUUUUAUGAUCAUGCAAAGACACUGUGGCAGGACGAAGGAGUCCAGGCGUGCUACGAAAGAUCCAACGAGUACCAGCUGAUCGACUGUGCACAGUAUUUUCUAGAUAAGAUCGACAUUGUGAAACAGAGUGACUACACUCCGUCAGAUCAGGAUUUGCUUCGGUGCAGAGUACUGACUUCAGGGAUCUUUGAGACAAGAUUCCAAGUGGACAAAGUUAAUUUCCACAUGUUUGAUGUCGGCGGUCAAAGAGACGAACGCCGGAAAUGGAUUCAGUGCUUUAACGAUGUAACGGCCAUCAUCUUCGUAGUGGCCAGUAGCAGUUACAACAUGGUGAUCCGAGAGGACAAUCAGACCAACCGUUUACAGGAGGCCCUCAAUCUCUUCAAGAACAUCUGGAACAACAGGUGGCUGCGGACCAUUUCUGUCAUUUUGUUCCUAAAUAAACAGGACCUGCUUGCAGAGAAAGUGCUGGCAGGAAAAUCCAAAAUUGAGGAAUACUUCCCUGAAUUUGCGCGUUACUUCACACCCGAUGAUGCGACACCAGAGCCUGGAGAAGAUCCUCGUGUUACAAGGGCAAAAUACUUCAUAAGAGAUGAAUUCCUGAGGAUCAGCACGGCAAGCGGGGACGGCAGGCACUAUUGUUACCCCCACUUCACCUGUGCCGUGGACACGGAAAACAUCCGCCGCGUCUUCAAUGACUGUCGAGACAUCAUCCAGCGGAUGCACCUGCGGCAGUACGAGCUGUUGUGAUGGGAGAGGAAAGGAGCUCACCAAAAACCCCAACGCAGAUCGGACUCCAGAAAAAACACUGAACCCGGACGUGUGUGACCUCCCGCGACAGAGCAGGGGCCGAAAUGCACACCAACAUACACACAUGCGCACACACACACACAGACACACUUUCAGCAGACACAGCCUGAACCCAGAACUGCCCCUGAUGCAAACUCUAUGCCCGAUGAAGA